AUGAGCUCAAUUAACAGGGUUCCGAACGAGGUCUGGGAGGGAAUUCUCAGUCGCCUCUACCCAUCUCAACUCUCACGGAUGUCGAUGGUCAACAAGAACUUGAACGUAAUCGUCUCUUCGUUGGAGGUCUGGCCUCGGAUGUUUCAUGCAGCUUAUGGACUCGAGGCGCAAUUGCGACCACUUAUGUGCAUCCCUAAGGCCAAGAGCAGCUACAUGAUAUUCAUGUGUGCGUCUAGUCUUCACGUCUGCGAAAAGUGCUUUGGUCUGACCGGAUACAACGCCCACAAACUCUACUGGCUCCCCCUUCCUAUCCCUGUCCUGCUCCCGAGACGGUCCACAGACAUGAUCAAGUAUGUGGGUGACAGGUUUGAGCCAAACUGGACCAUUCAAAUGUGCCUUCUGUGUCGACAGGGCCACAUCUCGGACUUGGGGGAACCUGUCCCACGAAAUGUCACAAAUUGUUCGAUGGCUUGGGUCGACCUCUGUGACAAAUAUCCUUGCGCAAAUGAGGCCCGGGGGCUGUUUAGUCUCCGUCGUGGCAAUUCCUUUAUCAACGAAUUGGGAGCCUUUAAUUAUAUGCGACGAUACUUUGGCGGGGAUAUCGGCAUCAAGGCUUUUAAGACCUCCACAGAGGCAUACGACGCGGAGACAGAGACCAGGAUUCUCUGGUAUCAACGUCAAGAGUAG